CAUUAUGCCAGUACAUUCAGGCUUCUAAAGCCAGGGAUGGUGCCAGCCCUUUCAUUUCAAGUACGACUGAAGGAGAAAAUUUUGAGCAGACACCAUUGAGACGAACGUUCAAGUCUAAGGUCCUUGCCCGGUACCCUGAGAAUGUAGACUGGAAUCCCUUUGAUCAGGAUGCAGUGGGAAUGCUGUGCAUGCCUAAAGGGCUGGCAUUCAAGACCCAGGCUGAUCCCAGGGAGCCACAGUUCCAUGCCUUUAUUAUCACAAGGGAGGAUGGCUCUCGGACAUUUGGGUUUGCCCUCACCUUUUAUGAAGAAGUGACCAGCAAGCAGAUCUGCAGUGCAAUGCAGACCCUCUACCACAUGCACAAUGCUGAGUUUGACGUCCUUCAUGCUCCACCUACUGAUGGUGGAGACCAGAGUGGCAUGGAAGAUGCUGAAGGCAUUCCUGGGACCAAACUGCAGCGCUUCAACUCCUAUGACAUUAGCAGGGACACACUGUAUGUCUCUAAAUGCAUCUGCCUCAUCACACCCAUGUCUUUCAUGAAGGCAUGUCGGAGUGUGCUGCAGCAGCUCCAUCAGGCAGUCACAUCACCUCAGCCCCCUCCUCUGCCCCUUGAGAGCUACAUCUACAACGUGCUCUACGAGGUGCCACUUCCACCCCCUGGCCGCUCCCUGAAGUUUUCUGGGGUCUAUGGGCCAAUAAUCUGCCAGAGACCAAGUACCAAUGAGCUUCCUCUGUUUGAUUUUCCUGUCAAAGAGGUCUUUGAACUGCUUGGGGUGGAGAAUGUGUUUCAACUGUUUACUUGUGCCCUUCUGGAGUUUCAAAUCCUGCUCUACUCACAGCAUUACCAGAGACUGAUGACUGUGGCGGAGACGAUUACAGCUCUCAUGUUUCCUUUCCAAUGGCAGCAUGUCUAUGUCCCCAUCCUCCCAGCUUCUCUCCUGCAUUUCUUAGAUGCUCCUGUUCCAUACCUCAUGGGCUUGCAUUCCAAUGGCCUUGAUGACCGGUCAAAGCUGGAGCUGCCUCAGGAGGCUAAUCUCUGCUUUGUGGAUGUUGACAACCACUUCAUUGAGUUGCCAGAGGACUUGCCUCAAUUUCCCAACAAAUUGGAGUUUGUCCAGGAGGUCUCUGAGAUCCUCAUGGCAUUUGGGAUUCCCCCUGAAGGAAACCUCCAUUGCAGCGAAAGCGCCUCCAAACUGAAGAGGAUUCGAGCCUCUGAGCUCGUGUCUGACAAGAGGAAUGGCAACAUUGCUGGCUCCCCUCUGCAUUCCUACGAGCUCCUCAAGGAGAAUGAAACUAUUGCCCGGUUGCAAGCUUUGGUCAAGAGGACUGGAGUGAGUUUGGAAAAACUGGAAGUUCGUGAAGAUCACAGUAGCAAUAAAGAUUUCAAAGUUCAGUGUGACGAAGAAGAACUGAGAAUUUACCAGCUGAAUAUUCAGAUCCGGGAGGUUUUUGCCAAUCGCUUUACUCAGAUGUUUGCCGAUUAUGAAGUGUUUGUCAUCCAGCCAAGCCAGGAUAAGGAGUCCUGGUUCACCAACAGGGAGCAGAUGCAGAACUUUGAUAAAGCAUCUUUCUUGUCCGAUCAGCCUGAGCCCUACCUGCCCUUCCUCUCAAGAUUCCUAGAGACCCAGAUGUUUGCAUCUUUUAUUGACAACAAGAUCAUGUGUCAUGCUGAUGAUGAUAAAGACCCUGUCCUCCGGGUCUUUGACUCCAGGGUAGACAAGAUCAGACUGUUGAAUGUCCGCACACCUACUCUUCGGACAUCCAUGUACCAGAAGUGUACCACUGUGGAUGAAGCAGAAAAAGCAAUUGAGCUACGUCUGGCAAAAAUUGACCACACUGCAAUUCAUCCACAUCUACUUGACAUGAAAAUUGGACAAGGAAAAUAUGAACCUGGCUUUUUCCCUAAGCUACAGUCUGAUGUACUUUGCACUGGGCCAGCCAGCAACAAGUGGACAAAGAGGAAUGCCCCUGCCCAGUGGAGGCGGAAGGACCGGCAGAAGCAGCACACAGAACACUUGCGCUUAGACAAUGACCAGAGAGAGAAGUACAUCCAGGAAGCCAGGAAUAUGGGCAGCACCAUCCGUCAGCCCAAACUGUCCAACCUCUCGCCAUCAGUCAUCGCCCAAACCAACUGGAAGUUUGUAGAAGGCCUGCUGAAGGAAUGCCGAAACAAGACCAAGAGGAUGCUGGUUGAGAAGAUGGGUCGAGAGGCUGUGGAGCUGGGGCACGGGGAGGUGAACAUCACUGGUGUGGAAGAGAACACCUUGAUUGCCAGCCUCUGUGACCUUCUGGAAAGAAUCUGGAGCCAUGGGCUACAAGUGAAACAGGGGAAAUCAGCUUUGUGGUCUCAUCUGUUACAUUAUCAGGAAAAUCGGCAGAGAAAGCUCACAUCGGGAAGCCUCAGUACCUCAGGAAUACUUCUUGAUUCAGAACGGAGAAAGUCUGAUGCCAGCGCUGUCAUGUCCCCCCUGAGGAUCUCCCUAACUCAGGAUAUGAGGCACAUCCAGAAUAUUGGGGAAAUCAAGACCGAUGUGGGAAAGGCCAGAGCAUGGGUGCGGCUGUCCAUGGAGAAGAAGCUACUCUCUAGACACCUGAAGCAGCUUCUUUCAGACCACGAGCUCACCAAGAAGCUGUACAAGCGUUGCUUCCUGCGCUGCGAUGAUGAGAAAGAGCAGUUCCUCUAUCACCUGCUCUCCUUCACUGCGGUGGACUACUUCUGCUUCACCAAUGUCUUC